ACCCUACAAUUUCCGCUGAACUUCGUGCUUCUCUCUACUCCCCGAUAGUGGAGUCAAUUUUCAAGGCUAUAGCAGCCUUCUGUGAGCAACCUUUAAGCGUUUCAGAACCAUCUGCUCAUGAAGAUUCUGACUCCAACAAUUCGCAUAUGUCAGAUCAUGACAAAACCUGGCGCAAACGCCCUUGGAAAGGGGAUAGCGCUUCAGCGGGCAAAGGUAAAGCACCAGCUAAAUCGACCAAGCUAUCUUCAGCACCAUCUGUUCUACAAAUUUUAGAACCUCUAGAGGGUUUGACUUCACACCAGAAUCUCCAGGUUCUGGAUGAAUACUAUGCCGACUACUCGGAUGAGGAUUUCACGGCGAAUAUGCCCUGA